AUGCAAUAUUGCACUGAAAUGGUAUUUUAGCUCAAAAUAGUGUGCUUACAAUAUUAUCGAUAAUGCUAUCGCUGUGUUUCCCAUCUCAAAGCGACAUGAAUUAUUUUUGUAUUUACAAAAUUGUUGGAGAAGCGUAGAAAUAUUAAAGAUGCCGAAGCUGGCGAAGAAAGGAAAGGACUCUGCUUUAACAAUGAAGAUUUCUGCUGUGGAACGCAAGCAGAAAGAAGUGAACCGCGUGCUAAAGUUGAAGAGUGAAAUUUUGCUGAAAUCGGAGGUCUCCUAUUUGGAAUAUAUUGAAAUGCGAUCAGAAAUGGAGCGCCUGAAAGCGUUAAAGGACACAUUUGAGCGGCGCAUGCAUAAAUUAAAACAGCAAGCCAAUUAG